AUGGCUGCAGUUUCCAGAGGGGAGAAAAUAGGACACAUGAUUUUUGACUUGGAGAGAAAUCAAUUCAUCCUCUCGGCCCUCUUUAUCCCCGUGCAACCUUCAGCCAUCCCGAGCAUGCCGUAUGCGUUCGCCGAGAGCUGCAGUCGUCCUCGCCAAGAACCACCACGCAACGCGAGCAACCACGAUCCCUUGAGCACACGCCCACGCCCUACUGCAAACGAGCCUUGUCGAGAGCACCCACAGGACCAGGGUCACGGCGUGGAGUUCAUGCGUGGCGUGCAGCAGCUCGUGUACCGGCGCGGGCGCGGAGAGAUAGGACGUCGCGGCGUGGAGGUGCGUUGGUAUUGCAUUCUUUCUGCCCGUGGUGCUGGGCGCGGCAGGUGGGCGCGGCGCGGAUGUAUCGUGUGCCGCGGCGUGGGAGUAUGUCGCGGGCGCGGGGAGGUGAUUUGUCGCGGCAUGCUGGAUGCCGCAGCGUGGCACGCGGAAGGCUAG